AGAAGAGGAAGAAGGAAAUAAAAAAUGACUAUCGUUAGAUUCGAUGAGCCGUCGGUGUCUACAUCUAGGCCGGUUUAAAUGCAUGAACAAACCAAACAAUGUGAUGUCUUGUAGGCAAAGGGAAAGGGAGUGAAAAACCAACCGAAUCUCGGCGCAUUCACUAUUCUGCUCUGCGUCUAUGAUAACAACAGAUGGACUCGUUGCUCCUGUGGGCCACUGCCGGAGUCGACAGUGCAUUUGUUGGGGAGGGAACGACUGGGCAAAGGCGGAAGACGGCGCAUCAGCAGUCAGAUUGGAAGCUAACUGGUUGUUGCAAGAUGCUUGUAAGCGACAGUUCUCUACACGGGAUUUAAGGAUAAGUCAACUUUGACGUUUGAACUCCUGAAGUAACCUGCAUGGAUCGACAAGGGCUGAACUAAAAUUUUGAUUAAAAAAGAAAUAUAUAUAUUUAUAUAUUCAACACAAGCACAGAUAAGACACAAUGGCGAGCAGAAGAAAAUCAACAACGCCUUGCAUGUUCCCCCCCGUUGAAAUGGUGGAUUCAGACCCUGACAUGGAGGUCGUUACAGAGGGAGAUGAACAGACUGACGAGGGGGCAGCUAACUGUCCUGUGGAAAACUCAACUGAAAGCAACCCGAGUGAGGAAGACACACAGGCCAUGGACCACUUCAUUAAAACUAUGGACUCGAGUACAGCAGAAGGAGGUUAUGAGUGCAAGUACUGCAGCUUUCAGACAUCACAGCUCAAUAUGUUUACCUUGCAUGUGGACACUGAGCACCCAAAUAUAGUUCUAAACUCAUCUUAUGUGUGUGUUGAGUGUGACUUUCACACCAAGAGGUAUGAUGCAUUGUUGGAGCAUAAUGCACGCCACCAUCCUGGAGAAGACAAUUUCAGCAGGACCAUGGUGAAGAGCAACAAUCAAACCAUCUUUGAGCAGAGAGUCAAUGACUUGACCUUUGAUGGCAGUUUUGUUGAGGAGGAUGAGGACACAUCCUGUAAGGGUAUUGCCCUAAGCAAGACACCAAUCAUGAAGCUCAAGAGUAGGGCUGAGGCCAAGAAGUUUACAGGGUCACACAAAAUGGCAGAUAACAGUGUCAUUAAAGUGGAGAGUGAUGAGGAAGAAGAGAGAGAGGAGGUGCCCCCCCCUCCUGUCACCCCCACUGUAGUGGCUGUGUCAACCCCUCUGACCAUUCAACCUAUUCAGCAAAGCAUAAUGGUCAACAGCCCAAAUGUGCUCCAAAUAAAGACCACCAACUCCACCACAAUGCUCCCUCCAGGGACAUUGGCUCAAGUUCUGUCUGCCUUGCAGAAUCAGCAGACCUCCCAGACCCAGCUCCUCAUCCCGGUCAGUAGUAUCCCCACAUACAAUGGGGCCAUGGACAAUAAUGUCCUUCUGGUCAGUGCCUAUAAUAGGUUCCCUUACCCAUCUGUGUCAGAGAUCAUGGGUCUAGCAGUACAAACCAAGUUCACAGAGGAGCAGAUAAAGGUGUGGUUCUCUGCCCAGCGGCUGAAGCACGGUGUGAGCUGGACCCCAGAGGAGGUGGAGGAGGCCAGGAGGAAGAAAUUCAAUGGCUCAGUGCAGGCCGUGUCACAGACCAUCACUGUCAUCCCAGCCAAUUUUGCUACGGCAGCCAAUGGCCUGCAGUCAAUCUUUCAGACUUGUCAGAUUGUAGGGCAACCAGGGAUGGUUUUGACUCAGGUAGGGGGUGGCAACACUGUCCCUGUGGCCUCACCCAUCACGUUAGCUGUUGCUGGGGUCCCCAACCCCAGAACCAGUGUCAGUAAGGUGCCAGAACCCUCCACCUCUGAGACCGCUUCUCCACUCAGUACCGAUUCCCUGGGAGCGCGACCCAAAAAAUCCAAGGAGCAGCUAGCAGAGCUGAAGGCCAGUUACCUAAGGAGACAGUUUGCCACUGAGGCAGAGAUCUCUCAGCUGAUGAAGGUCACUAACCUCACCAAAAGAGCAAUAAAGAAGUGGUUCAGUGACACACGUUACAACCAACGCAACUCAAAGGACCACCACGGAGUUGCCUUAAAUGACAUUUCAGUCAACACCAACAGUAACGACACCAGCAGCAGCACAGCCAUUGUGAUCGACUCCAGCGACGAAGCCAGUGAAUCCUCUCUCACAACCCAAGGGCCCAUCUAUGAUCCACGAAUCAAGUUCCGCCACGCCUUUCCUGACUUCACACCUCAGAAGUUCAAGGAAAAGACUCCGGAGCAGCUUCUGCUUUUGGAGGCCAGCUACCAGAAGUCUGACACGCCAGGCGAUGAGGAGCUAAGUAGGUUGAGGAUGGAGACUAAACUGACCAGGCGAGAGGUGGACGCCUGGUUCUCUGAGAGGAGAAAAAUGCCACUGGACUCUGAUGGCACAGAGGAGCUAGAGAGUGAAAUGGUCAAAGUGCCUUCCUCUGGGCAAGAAGCUCGGACGCCAUCCAGCGGCCGGAAGAUUAUGAAGAAAACCCCAGAGCAGCUCCACGUCCUGAAAAGCGCCUUUGUUCGUACCCAGUGGCCCUCUGCUGAAGAGUACGACAAGAUGGCCAAGGAGAGCGGGUUACCCAGAACCUACAUUGUCAACUGGUUUGGAGACACCCGUUAUGCCUCCAAGAACAGUAACCUGAAGUGGUACUACUUGUAUCAGAGUGGAAAGGUUAACGAGGCAAUGAACGGAGGUGAACUUAAGAAGAAGCCACGGAAACGCUUUCGUGGUUGGUCCAGGAGAACGAGGCGGCCAUACCCCUGCAAACAAACACCCCCUACCAUCAAAGUAAAGACGGGUAAAGACAUUUUAAAGGAGCACUACCUCAAGCAUAAGGUCUUAAAUGAGAAAGAUUUGGAUGAACUGGUGGCCAAGUCCAGUAUGAGCUAUGAGCAGGUGCGGGACUGGUUUGCGGAGAUCAGCAGGAGGGAAGAGAAGGGCCUUGACCCUUUCAGUGAGGGUAAAGAGGAGACACACGGUGACCGUGAGGGAGAGAUGGAAGUGAAAGAGAAAGGGGAUGAUGAAGAAAACGACAUUGACAACAAAGAUGAUGAAAAUAACAAUGAUGAAGAUGAAACGAAUGACAAUGAAACCACGGAAGAGCCUCUAUGUUUCAAGCAAUCACAGUCAGAACCAGAAGAUCAGUGAUUUAAAAGGUCCAGAAUUCUCAUUGGUUGCCUACAGAAGAGAAGAGAUGGAAAACACAGGUGAAAUGUACCAAGUGUUUUGGUGUUAAACUGCGUGGACCAACCAGGCACAAAGAAGCGAGAAGACGUAUGAUGCCAAAUAAUUUUAGCAAGGGAUUAUAUACUGAACAAAAAUAUAAACGCAACAUGUAAAGUGUUGGUCCCAUGUUUCAUGAGCGGAAAUAAAAUAUCCCUGAAAUUUUCCAUAUGCACAAAUCAUCAAAUCAAAUGUUUAUAAAGCCCUUUUUAAAUCAGCAGAUGUUACAAAGUGCUUAUACAGAAACCCAGCCUAAAACUCCAAACAGUAAGCAAUGCAGAUGUAGAAGCAUGGUGGCUAGGAAAAACUCCCUAGAAAGGCAGGAACCUAGGAAGAAACCUAGAGAGGAACCAGGCUCUGAGGGGUGGCCAGUCCUCUUCUGGCUGUGCCCAAUGGAGAUUACAUUUAAGUCUCUUAUCCAGAGCGAUUAUAAGAGUACAUGGCCAUUAAGGCCAGAUCGUUCAAAAAUAUGUUCAAAUGUUCAUAGAUGACCAGCAGGGUCAAAUAAUAAUCACAGUGGUUGUAGAGGGUGCAACAAGUCUGCACCUCAGGAGUAAAUGUCAGUUGGCUUUUCAUGGCUCGUUCAGAGGUCGCGACAGCAGGUGAGGGAGAGGAUCGAAACAGCAGGUCCGGGACAAGGUAGCAUGUCCGGUGAACAGGUCAGAGUUCCAUAACCAGGGUUGAAACUGGAUCAGCAACACGACCAGGUGGACUGUGGACAGCCAGGAGUCAUCAGGCCAGGUAGUCCUGAGGCAUGGUCCUAGGGCUCAGGUCCUCAGAGAGCGAGAGAUGGGAGCAUACUUAAGUUCACACAGGACACCAGAUAAGACGGGAAUUUUACCAGAUACGAAAUAGUGACCCUAGCCCCCCCCCCCCCCCACUGGGCCUCCCCGGACAGGGCCAACCAGCCAGGAUAUAACCCCACCCACUUUGCCAAAGCACAGCCUCACAACAAUAGAGAGUUAAAUAGACAACCAACUUACUGCCCUGAGACAUUUCUGAGUAUAGUGCACAAAGAUCUCUUUCACCGCACAAGCCCGAGAGGGCGCAAAACUGGCUUACUUCUCUCAAAUUUUGUGCAAAUUUAUUGACAUCCCUGUUAGUGACCAUUUCUCCUUUGCCAAGAUAAUCCAUCAUCUGAUAGGUGUGGCAUAUCAAGAAGCUGAUUAAACAGCAUGGUCAUUACACAGGUGCACCUUGUGCUGGGGGAAAAUAAAAGGGCACUAAAAUGUGCAGUUUUGUCACACAACACAAUGCCACAGAUGUCUCAAAUGUUGAGGGAGCAUGCAAUUGACAUGCUGAUUGCAAGAAUGUCCACCAGAGCUGUUGGCUGAUAAUUGAAUGUUCAUUUCUCGACCAUAAGCCACCUCGUUUUAGAGAAUUUGGCAGUACGUUCAAUCGGCCUCACAACCACAGACCGCGUGUAACCACGCCAGCCCAGCACCUCCACAUCUGGCUUCUUCACCUGCACGAUCGUCUGAGACCAGCCACCCAGACAGUUGAUGGAAACUGAGCAGUAUUUCUGUCUGUAAUAAAACCCUUUUCCCUUGUGGGGAAAAGUACUUCUGAUUGGCUGGGCUUGGCUCCCCACUGGCUGGGCCUAUGCCCUCGCAGGCCUACCCAUGGCUGCCCAGUCAUGUGAAAUCCAUAGAUUAGGACCUAAUGAAUUUAUUUCAAUUGACUGAUUUCCUUAAAUGUACUGUAACUCAGUAAAAACAUUGAAAUUGUUGCCUGUUGGGUUUAUAUUUUUGUUCAGUGUGUGUGUGUGUAUAUAUAUAUAUAUAUAUGUAUAUAUAUAUAUCUUACAUUACCUUAAUUGAAAAUACUAUUUGGUUUUCUGGGAUAUUUUAGUAAUAUUGUACCUUGCUAUCUUAACUAAAUCCAAGACAUUUCGAUUUGGUAAAUCCUUAUUUUUUUCUUGUAGGUUAUGUAAUAACUUUUAAAAUCGUAAUAACGUUUUUAAAUCGUGAAAUUGUGUCCAGGUUGAAGGGAAUUUCAAAAUGUUUUUUCUUUGAUGUACUGACAACGUUUUUAAAAAAAAAAUCUCACAGUUUUGUGAAUAUGACUUAAAUCAGUGCCAUCUGUUUUUGGAUUAUGUUUUAAAUGGAAUCAGUGGUUCUACAAAACUGUUUUUAUAUGUGUUCAAAUAAUUUGUUGGUCUUAAAUGACAAAAUAUGGAGUAAUCCAGGUUAAUAUUCUGCUCAGUUUUUGGGGUGGGUUUCUUUGUAUGUUGGUUUUCCAAAUGAAAAAGGCAUGUGUGCUGUCAUUCAGGAUUUAGUAAACAUUACCUCAGUCUUUUAA